AUGGAGUAUUUUGAAUACAAUGAUGAUGAAUACCAACCUUUGAAACAGGGAAAUGAAUUUGCACCAAUAUCACCAUUUCGAAUGGUUGUAGCUGGAAGUUCAGGUUCGAGAAAAACUAGUAAUGUUAUAAAUCUUUUAAUGGGUACUAAAAAAGCAGAUAAGGAAAAUGGAUCAAGAUAUAUCCUCUGCAAUGAUGUAGUAUUAUUUGCUAAAUUUCCUGAUGAACCAAAAUGGAAUAUUGUCCGAGAUUUCUUCAAUGAACUUGCAGAAACUGAAGAUGUAUCAUUCAAGGCACUACCUCCUUCUGAAAUUCCAGAUCCUGAAGAAUUUGAUCCCUCUAGAUCUACUACUGCA